CUCAUAUCAGAUUAUCACCGGCGCCGAUCGAACGCUAAAUAGACAGCUACAGUCCAGACAAGCUUUGAUUGAAAUACGAUAACGAGAUCGAGAUUGGAAAAGGAGCUCGAGGUCACGGACGAUGGCCGACUCGGACUCAGCUAGUGCUAAGCCUAAGGACAAGGCUAAGGCUACGCUAAAUCGGAAUAAGACUAAGUAAGACGGUAAGAGGAAGGAGAGAAACAAGCAAUGGCAGCUCGACCAUCCGGCCCAGAGGAGGCGCGGGAGUGGCUGUGAACAAGGCCAGGGUACGGCGGAGAAACUUCGCGAGCUGCAGGCGGCCUUCUCGUUGCCGAGUCUAGAGGAUGCAAUAGACAUGCCAGCUCACUGAGAGAUAUGAAGAACAGACAACACAAUCCAUCCCCAGCGAAGAAAUUCCAAGCAGCAGUAGGGGAAUUAGCAGGUGAAUAGUACAAGUCACCUUUGACCGCAAAUUCAUGGAGAACUUGGCCUACUCUGCUGAUUUGCUCGCUUCAGGCACACCAGCAUGCUCGAGUGUUUCCACAACCAUAUACUGAUGUAUGCUUCCAAGCGGUAUUCCUUUGACUACCCAGCAAACCGGGCAAGGAAUUUGCUUGCGGUCAUCGACUACAUGGCACACAAGGACAGGCCCGACCAGAUUGAUGAACAAGGCAAUACAAAAUAUGUUGCAGUAUGGUCAAAGCGUGCCAACAACUACGUGGCCCGGAAGGAGAAGGUCCCCAAGACCUACCCCUACAUGUAUGUACAAGGACUCAUCGGUGCGAUACUGGAACGCAGAGAACAGGACCAAGGACCACUGUUCUCGAAGGCUGUUCGAUGA